UAUAAAAAAAUCUGUUUUUGAUGAACCAAUACCAACUAUAAAUAAAGAAAUACCUAGAUUGUUUUUUAAAUACAAUAUCGUAAUAAAAAAAAUACGACCCCAGUCCACAAAGAUGUUCCGAAACAUUUUACUAAGGACAGUAAAUAUUGUACAAAAGUGUCCACAAAACAGUUUUGGUCAUAACAUAAAGAUUAGGAGGCAAAUACAGUGCGGAAUUUGCUUAAGUAAUCCAAGGCACACAUCAAAACCAAACAAUACUACAUCACCAGCUAUAGCAAGCAAGUAUCAGGUGAUAACGGAUGAUAAUUCGCAAGUAAUAGAAAACACCGCAGAAGAAAUUCACUCCGAGGACAAAUAUCCGAUACUGAGCGAUGAAUUUGAUGGUAUAGAACUACAAAGAGGCAAAACUGGUGUUUUUGAUAUUGAAGAUUUAGUAGAACUAUUACAGAGAGAAAAUUCAAAAGAUAUUUUUGUAGCAUCUGUUCCAAAAGAAAUUCGAUAUGUUGACUAUAUAUGUGUGGUUGGUGCUCGCAGCAAGAGACAUAUACAAGCAUUGGGAGAGUUUGUGAAAAAGGUUUACAAAAAGAAAUGUUACAAAAGUGACCCAAUACCUAGGAUAGAAGGCAAAGAUUCUGAUGAGUGGAUUGCUCUUGACUUAGGUAAUAUUGCAUUACACAUAUUUUCAGACAAAGCAAGAAAAAUUUAUGAUUUAGAGACACUUUGGUCGGUUGGACCUGAAUUUGAUGAACAAAUCAACAAGAAGAGUCAAGUUGUUGAUGUGUUUGAAAACUAUAGUAAAUAUAUAAAAGACCUGAAGCCAUUAGCAUAAGUGAAAUAUGUUACAUAUAGUUAUAGAAAUUGUAAAUGAAGUACCAAAUUAAAAAAUCUUUAAAAGUCUCAUAUAAAAU